UCACGCACUCAGCCGCUCUUCCGCCGGCGCCCCUGCCUGUCCCCGAGAGACUGUCCAUCCCCGCGAAACCGAAGCGAGAUGGCGAUCAACAUACCGGGCCUGUUGGCCAUCGUAUUCUUCUACUUCAUUAUCCUGGUGGUGGGCAUCUGGGCCGGCCGCAAGAAUUAUGCGCCGCAUCGAAGCUCUUUGUCUAUGAGCGUGGGUGAACAAUCCAACAUCAUGCUCGCCGGCAGAAACAUCGGGCUGUUCAUCGGCGUCUUUACUAUGACCGCGACCUGGGUUGGCGGCGGUUAUAUCAAUGGUACCGCUGAAGUGGUCUACCUCAGCGGGCUCGCCUGGUGCCAGGCUCCCUUUGGAUACGCCCUCAGCCUGCUCAUCGGCGGAUACCUGUUCGCGGUGAAGAUGAGGAAGGCCGGCUACAAGACAAUGCUGGACCCUUUCCAGCAGCACUUCGGCGCCCGCAUGGGCUGCUUGCUCUUCCUGCCGGCCCUUUGCGGCGAAGUGUUCUGGUCAGCCGCCAUCCUCGCCGCCCUCGGCGCCACCGUUGAGGUCAUCAUGGACUUCGAGCGCACAGAGUCGGUGGUCGCGUCGGCGUGCAUCGCCCUUUUCUACACGUUCACGGGCGGCCUCUACUCGGUCGCCUACACGGACGUCAUCCAGCUCCUGGCCAUCUUCUUCGGCCUGUGGCUGUCGGUGCCCUUCGCCAUGUUCCACGAGGCGGUCGGCCCGAUCUCGUACCCGAGGAACGAUUUCGUGGGUAGCGUCGAGUGGAAGGACUUCGGCACCUACUGGGACUCUAUGCUGCUCCUCAUGAUGGGCGGCGUGCCCUGGCAGGUCUACUUCCAGCGGGUUCUCUCGAGCCGCACGGCCGAGGGCGCCGAGCUGCUGUCCUACAUGGCGGCGUUCGGCUGCCUGUUCAUGGCCAUCCCGCCAGUCAUCAUCGGCGCCGUCGCCAAGGCGGCCAACUUGACGCAGGCGGGCUACACGAAGGCCGUUCCACUGACGGGCGAUGCGACGUCGCUGACGUUGCCGCUGGUGCUCCAGUACCUGACGCCCGGGUUUGUCUCCGCCAUGGGGCUCGGCGCCGUCUCCGCGGCGGUGAUGUCCUCUUCGGAUUCUUCCAUCCUCAGCGCGGCCUCCAUGUUCGCCUGGAAUAUCUACAAACUCGGCAUCAGGCAGAACGCGACGGAGAAGGAGGUGAUCGGCGUGAUGCGCGUGUCCAUUGUGCUGGUGGGCGCGCUGGCCACCUUCAUGGCGCUCACGGCCGACUCCAUCUACGGCCUGUGGUACCUCUCCUCGGACCUGGUGUACGUGAUCCUCUUCCCGCAGCUCGUGUGCGUGGUCUACCUCAAGGAGCACGUCAACACGUACGGCUCCUUCGCCGCCUACGUGGUGGGCUGCUUCCUGCGCGCGGGCGGCGGCGAGCCCAUUCUCAAGAUGCCACCCUUCAUCAAGUACCCCUUUUACGACUACGAGAAGGGCGUGCAGCUCUUCCCAUUCCGCACCUUCUCCAUGGUCAUCAGCUUCCUCACCCUGGUGGCGGUGUCCGGCGUCACAUCGUGGCUCUUCGUCGGUGGACGCGCGCCUCUCGACUGGGACGUGUUCGGCUGCUUUCAGCCUGACGCCACGGUGCUCGACAAGGUGCCCUUGGUUCAGGGCGCGGAAUUGAAGGCGCCUGCCGCUGUGGGCUCAGCACCCGCUGGUCUCGAGCCUGUGCUCACGCCGAUCACGGUGGAGACGUCUGCGAUUCCGGGCAGCAGUGCGUCGGCGUCGACUACGCCUCGUGACGCCGCGGGGAUCACGCCCCACAGCACCUUGGAAGACAAGCUGUCGCCAGUAGAGAUUCCCAGCCGCAUAUCGCAGCCCUCAACGGAAAUCACGUUCAAGAGUAACGGUGCACCAGCGAAGGGCGACGUCAGCAAGGAUCCGAGCGAUACAUCGACCAGCAAGCGCAAGCGCAAGAAGCACCGCCGCUCCAGCCAGGAGUCGCGCAAGUCGGAGCAAAGCGACACCUCGCAGCCGCCGCAACCGUCGGCCGCGCACGAGACCACAACCGAUGAGGAGCACCACUGAGCUGCCCUGGUGCCUCCGCAUUCGCAGCGAACGCCUCGUUGGUCGUGGUGGCAAUGAUAAAGAGAAAAAGCGCUCGUCUCUUGGGAACCAGUUCGACUUGGGUAUUUAUGCACGGAGCCGGUCCCCUCUAACUCCUAACCACGCAUUGUAGUACACUUCCAGCGCUGUAGAGGUAAAUUUCCAAGAGGAUGCACGCAAGUAGCUGAAAGAUAUGAGUAGCCGUAACAGGUUCCAUAUAGGUGUCCGAAGGCAACCGAUGCCUGCACGAGACGGGCCAUGGUUAGGCCGCAUGUCCACAAAGUUAGUUUGUGCU